CCUUAUUUCUGUAUAAUGAGUGGUGCCAAUCUGUUGUCGAUGGUUUCAGAAACGCAGUAUGAGCUACGCGGCUCCAGUGACGACAUGACCCAGCGUGAAGAUGUCCUCAAGUUCGAGCAAGGUCGUAUUAAGGCGCUCCAGGAGGAGCGUCUUCACAUACAGAAGAAGACUUUUACCAAAUGGAUGAAUUCAUUUUUACAAAAGGCCAGGAUGGAGGUGGAAGAUCUCUUCACUGACCUUGCUGACGGCCGAAAGCUUCUCAAAUUGUUGGAAAUAAUCUCAGGCGAGAAACUUGGCAAGCCCAACAACGGCAAGAUGCGGGUUCACAAAGUGGAGAACGUCAACAAGAGCCUGGCCUUUCUGCACACCAAGGUGCGGUUGGAAAGCAUUGGAGCUCAAGACAUUGUAGAUGGCAAUCCUCGUCUCAUUCUUGGUUUAAUUUGGACAAUCAUUCUUAGGUUUCAAAUUCAGGAAAUUGAAAUUGAUGUGGAUGAAGAAAAUGAGAGCAGUGAGAAGAAAUCAGCCAAAGAUGCUCUACUGUUGUGGUGUCAACGCAAGACCACUGGAUACCCUGGUGUCAGCAUUCAAGACUUUACUGGUUCAUGGAGAAGUGGACUCGGUUUCAACGCUCUGAUCCACGCUCAUCGACCAGAUCUCAUAGACUUCACUGAACUGCAGCCAGCUCGACACAUUGAAAACCUUAAUAAUGCUUUUGACAUUGCUAACAAUGAACUGGGCAUUCCAAGGCUAUUAGAUGCAGAAGAUGUUGACACAAGCAGACCUGAUGAGAAAUCUAUCAUCACGUACGUCGCUUCCUACUACCAUACGUUUGCCCGAAUGAAGAAUGAGAUGAAGAGUGGUCGUAGGAUAGCAAAUAUUGUUGGUCAAAUGAUGGAUGCUGACAAGAUGAAGGUUCACUACGAUCGUCUAACCACAAGAUUGCUUGAUUGGAUUCGUGCUAAAAUCAUUGAGCUAGAAGACAGGAAUUUCCCAAAUUCUUUAGAAGGCAUUCAGAAAGAACUUCUUAAAUUCAAGCAAUACCGCACCAUUGAAAAACCACCAAAAUAUAAAGAAAGAAGUGAGAUUGAAGCAUUAUAUUUCCACAUAAACACACAGCUGAAAUCGUUAAACCAGCCAGCGUUUCAACCUCAAGAUGGUCAGCUGAUCCACGAUCUGGAGCGCAACUGGCAGGAAUUGGAGCGGUCUGAGCACCGCCGGGAGGUUGCUCUGCGGCAAGAGCUGCUGCGUCAAGAGCGCCUCGAGCAACUGAACUACAAGUUUGAAAGAAAGAGUGUUCUGCGAGAAGGGUACCUCAAAGAGAUGAUACAAGUGCUGUCUGAUCCUCGCUAUGGCAGCAGUCUGGCUCAGGUCGAUGCCACAGUCAAGAAACACGAGGCUAUCAGUGCAGACAUAUUGGCAAGGGAAGAACGUUUCCAUGACCUGAAGAACAUGUGUGAGGAGUUAGUGCGGGAGAACUACCAUGGGUGUGAGCGAGUGCAGACUAAAGAACGGGAGGUGACCCAGCGCUGGCAGGACCUGCUCCAACUGUUGGACCGCCAUCGUGUCAACCUUGGGAUGCUUUGUACACUCAUGUCAAUGCUGCGAGAGAUAGACACCGUUAUGACCACCAUCACAGAUCUUGAGGUGGACUUCCAGUCUGGUGAUGUGGCAGGCUGUGGCCACCUGCUUGGAGUGGAGGAACUGCUACAGAAGCACAGUCUGUUGGAGCUGCAGGUGACUGUGGCGAUGGGGGAGAGUGUGCGCAGACUGUCACGUCAAGGCCAGCAGUAUGUGGCGGCUGGACACCGGGAGGCCCCGCUCUUAGAGACCCGCCUCCAGCAACUCAACACUGCUUACACCAAGUUGGUGGAGAGUAGCAAGGAGCGGCGAGCCAGGCUGGAGGAGGCCCGCAAGUACUUCCAGUUUGUACAGGACCACGAGGAUGAGGAGGGCUGGCUAGUGGAAAAGCAAAGAAUCUGCAAGACUGGGAUUUCUGCCAAAGAUCUUCGAGCUGUUGUUAGUCUGCAGCAGAAACAUAAGGUUCUAGUUGAUGAAAUGAAGGUGCGGAGGCCAAAGUGUGACAAGCUGUGCGAGGCUGGGAACUGUCUGGUUGCCGAGAAUCACAACAAGUCAGAUGACAUCAAGACUCGCAUCAAUAGUCUCAAGGAGCAGUGGCAGAUUCUCAACGAUCUUGUUGCUUCAAGGAAAAAACAACUGGAUGAUGCUGCUGAAGCUUUCCAGUAUUAUACAGACGCCAAUGAAGCAGAAUCGUGGUUGAACGAGCGCAUGGCUCUGCUGACGUCGAGUGACUAUGGAGAGGAUGAGCCGAGUGCACAGUCACUGCUGCAAAGACACCGAGACCUUCAGGGUGAGCUGCGAGCAUAUAGUGGAGACAUACAGAGCCUCAACACUCAGGCUGAGACAUUGAUCAAGGCCGGAAUAUCAACACUGGAGUUGUCUCAAGAGCCGGAGGUGGUUGAAGAGCUGGAAACGAGAGAGGAGUGGGUGAAGGAAGCUCGUCUAGUGCCACAGGAGGUGUGGGAGGAAGAGCCGGUUGAGAGGAUAGAAUACCGAACUGUCAUGGAGGAGAAGGCAGUACCACAAGUCAAGAGUCUUUACCCAUUCAGUGGGCAGGGCAUGGUGAUGGCUAAGGGCGAGGUAAUGUUCUUACUGAGCAAGACCAACCCAGACUGGUGGAGUGUAACGGAAAGCUAAUGGUCAAGAUGGCUUUGUUCCCGCAAAUUAUGUUCGUGAAAUAGAACCCAAAAUCAUGCAAAUUCCUGUGAGAAAGGCAGAAAAAGUACGAGGCGUUCAAAGAAUUCAAAAGACUAAGAUGGUUAAGCAAAUGGUUCCUGUGAAGAAAA